AUGCCCCCUCCAGACGUCUCGAAUCUAACCCCUCUUCCAAACCCUCGUCGAGUUGUGACAGCGAAUAAUCCGAACACUGGGAUCGGUGAGGUCUUGCUCGAGGAUACUCCUCAAACGACAAUUGGUUUCAAAGGAAUACUUAGAGAGGCAGGUAUAUGGACAACAAACCAAAGUCCUGCAGACAACUCGUCUAGGGAGGAUGUAUCGCUCAAGCCGUUGGAGGGGGGGCUAGUGUCGCCCGGGGGAACAAACUGUCGAACAACCGACCUAGGUCCCGGCCAAGUUACACCCAUGCACCGUACAAAUUCUAUCGACUACAACAUUAUCAGUCGAGCGGUUCAUGUUCUUGAAGAUGGCAGCGAGCAAGAAGUUGGGCCGGGCGAUAUAGUAGUUCAGCGAGGCACCAACCAUAGGUGGGAGAACCGGACUAAUGAUUGGGUUCGCUGGGUUUCGGUCCUGGUCGAGGCAAAGCCCGUCGAGGUUAACGGAAAAAUUCUGGGACCUUACUUUGAGGGAGAAGACAAACAUCCGUGA